AUGGAUUUAGAGGAGCAAACAGAGAAUGACCUGAACAUGGAGCUCUGUGUCAUAGCAGACUGCCAGGUUCCUGGAAGUGGGAAUAAUUGGCUCAGCUUGAGUCAGGUGUCCCCUCUGGCCCACAGCUGGUGUGCAGCUGCACUGUGUGAAGGGGGCUGGGAAAAGAUGGCGCCUCCACUGGACAGGUCCCUCUCUCUGAAGCAGUUGGUUAUUGUUAUUAUGUCGUCAGAAGUAAGCUUCUUCUACAGCUCCUGGUGCUGCUUGUGUGCUCCUUCAGUGCAGACCUGGUACCUCUUUUGUGAAGCGGCAGCUGAGGAGACUCCGGCACUCGCCAUGGCCAUCGAAAAGCCCAAGGAGUCGACUGAGAACAACGAUCAUAUUAAUUUGAAGGUGGCGGGGCAGGGUGGUUCUGUGGUGCAGUUUAAGAUUAAGAGGCAUACACCACUUAGUAAACUAAAGAAAGCCUAUUAUGAACGACAGGGUUUGUCAGUGAGGCAGAUCAGAUUCCGAUUUGAUGGGCAGCCAAUCAAUGAAACAGACACACCUGCACAGUUGGAAAUGGAGGAUGAAGAUACAAUUGAUGUGUUCCAGCAGCUGAUGGGAGGUGUCUACUGAAAAGGGAACCUGCUACUUUCCUUCAGAACUCUGUUCCUCCAGACCAAGAAGACAUUCUUAAUUAGAAAAUUGCAAUUUGGUUCCGCCACAUCCUGACUACUACAGUAUAGUUUUCUCUAUUCUUUCAUUUCCCUUUCCCUAUUCCUUUAUUGUACAUAAAGUAACUGAUGUAUGUGCACAAGCAUUUGCAUUUUUUUAAACUAAAUGGCCAACGGUAUGUUUUGAUUAACAUCACAUGGAGAUGGGAUUGGGGAAAAAUACUGGUUCUGUGAAGAUACCCCCUUUCUCCGUCAGUGGCAUGCUCAUUCAGCUCUUAUCUCCAUAUUCCAGUAAGUUAUUUUGCUCUUGCUUUUUAACAACAACAAAAAAAAGAACAACAUAAAAAUUCUUGCAUACCUUGUUUGAUUGGAGAAUUUUAAUAUUUUUCAUUUAUCAUUGUAAAACCAAGGACAAUUUUAUAACUUUUUUGUACGUAGCUGUUACAUGUAGGGCAAUCUGUCUUUAAGUAGGG